AUGGACAAAACCGUCCUUCUAAUCCUGGACGUCCAGCGCGGCAUAGUCGAUCAGCUGGAAAACACAGAGAGCUACCUAGCCCGUCUCGCCUCAGCCCUAUCCGCAGCCCGCAAAGCCAACAUCAAAGUGAUCCACAUAGUGACAGGCUUUCGCCCAGGGUAUCCAGAAAACAACACAAACAACAGCUCCGUGCCCGCCGUCGCUGCCAGCGGCCAAUACCAACAGGACUCAGACUCCGUCAAAGUACACCCAGCUGUGGCACCCACAGAAAACGAGGUCGUCAUCAUGAAACGCCGCAUCUCGGCCUUCUUCGGGACCGAGCUCGACAUGAUCCUGCGCUGCUUCCAGACUCAGACUGUCGUCGUCGCGGGCUUGAUUACCAGUGGUGCUGUUCUCUCGACUGUGCGACAGGCUAUGGAUUUGGAUUAUCGCGUUGCUGUGCUUGAGGAUUUGUGUAUGGAUCGUGAUGAGGAGGUUCAUCGUGUGCUUAUGCAGAAGGUUUUUGCUCGCAAGACUGAGGUUAUCUCUGCUGAGGAGUGGAUUGGGAGGAUUGGGAUCUAG